UCAACGAACAUGUAGAGGAACCCAGAAUCGGCCUCGCCCUCGGUCCGCAGCUCUACUUAUUCUUUUUUCUCUGUGAUGAGUACAACCAUGGCGAGUCACAAACGGUUCCCUAAUUUCGUCUCUCUUAUUCUCCUCUCUCUCGUCGCCAUCGCCUCUGCUGAAGUUUUCUUCGAAGAACGCUUCGAAGAUGGAUGGGAAAGUCGUUGGGUAAAAUCUGACUGGAAGAAAGAUGAGAACAUGGCUGGGGAAUGGAAUUACACUUCUGGAAAAUGGAAUGGAGAUCCGAAUGACAAAGGUAUUCAAACUAGUGAAGACUACAGGUUUUAUGCUAUUUCAGCUGAGUUCCCAGAAGUUAACAACAAGGGCAAGACUCUAGUCUUCCAAUUUUCUGUGAAGCACGAGCAGAAGCUUGACUGUGGUGGUGGCUACAUGAAGUUGCUCAGUGGUGAUGUUGACCAGAAGAAAUUUGGCGGUGACACCCCGUACAGCAUCAUGUUUGGACCUGAUAUCUGUGGCUACAGCACCAAGAAAGUACAUGCCAUUCUUACGUACAAUGGGACAAAUCACUUGAUCAAAAAGGAAGUUCCUUGUGAGACUGAUCAACUCACUCAUGUUUAUACAUUCAUUCUCCGUCCAGAUGCUACCUACAGCAUCCUUAUCGAUAAUGUUGAGAAACAAACUGGUAGCUUAUACACUGAUUGGGAUAUUCUCCCACCAAAGAAGAUCAAGGAUCCUGAGGCCAAGAAGCCUGAAGAUUGGGAUGACAAGGAAUACAUCCCUGACCCUGAAGACAAAAAGCCAGAGGGUUAUGAUGACAUUCCAAAAGAGAUUCCUGAUCCUGAUGCUAAGAAGCCUGAAGAUUGGGAUGAUGAAGAAGAUGGUGAAUGGACACCCUCAACAAUUCCCAACCCCGAGUACAAGGGCCCUUGGAAGCCAAAGAAAAUCAAGAACCCCAACUACAAGGGCAAGUGGAAGGCACCAAUAAUUGACAACCCAGAUUUCAAGGAUGAUCCAGAUCUCUAUGUUUUCCCCAACUUGAAGUAUGUCGGUAUUGAAUUGUGGCAGGUGAAAUCUGGAACAAUGUUUGAUAACAUCUUAGUUGCCGAUGAUGUAGAGUAUGCCAAGAAACUAGCUGAAGAAACAUGGGGCAAGCAGAAGGAUGCUGAAAAGGCAGCAUUUGAGGAGGCAGAGAAAAAGAGAGAGGAGGAGGAGUCAAAGGAUGCCCCAGUUGAUUCCGAUGCUGAGGACGAAGAUGGUGCUGAUGAUACUGAAGGGCACGAGUCUGAUUCCGAUACCAAAUCAGACGAUGAGGACAAGGAAGAUGCACAUGAUGAGCUCUAAGCACUGCAAUAUUUCGCUGACAAUUCGGUUUGGAGAUAAAAAGGCCAAAAUCUUCCUUACCCUUAAUAAAAAAAGUUUCUAGUCUUAGGAGUUUCCUGUUGGAAUUGAAUGCUACAGGCAAAAGAACUUUCACUGAUGCUUUCUUAGUACGAGUUUAACUGUCUGAACAAAGGCACACUCUUUUCCUUUUUUUAUGAUCACUAGAUUUUUUUUA